AUGGCCAACACCAAGAAUGGUCAGCCACGCGACCAUCGGAUUGGAGUGCCUGGAGCGGUUUCGUUUGUAUGUGGAGCGAUAAUUGGGUCUGGCAUCUUCUUAUCGCCUUCUACUGUUAUGAAGGCUACUAGUUCGGUAAGUUUAGUUUUAAAAAGAUUUCCCUGCUUCUAUGAUAAAAAUUUCUAGACCCGAAAGGGACCCCCUAGGUUCGGCUCGGCCGGGCCCGCCGAGUCAGAUUUGAAGCGGACCGGGCUGAAAAAUUGGAUCCGGCCUAGCCCCUUUAGGUCUAAUCCCACGCAAAAAGAACUUUUUUACCCCUCCCCAAAAUUUAUUUUGCCAUACCCUCGCCAGACCAAAAUCUUCCUUUGUACUGGGGAAAGUGCCAUUCUUAACAUGCGAAUACUAUUCUUAACCUUAUUUUAACGAAAAUUCUGUUUCAGAUGGGUCUAGCUUUGACCAUAUGGGGUGUUUCGGCUAUCGUAUCGGUAAUGGGUGCGUUUUGUUACGUCGAACUUGGAACGGCAAUUCAAAAAUCAGGUGGAGAUUUUGCUUACAUGCAGCAUAUGGGAUGGUAAGUCAUCUUUUUUACUUUCUUAGCUUGAGUUACUGUUUGACACUGUAUCCAGUACAAUAUUGUUGUACUACAAUCCAUAUGUAGUACUUUAUAUUGUUCAAAUUUAACAUUUUUGUACCAACAAGCUGAAAUUACCAGUAAACACAUAAAAAAUCAUUUUCAGGAAGAAAAUGUCAUUUUCGUUUGGAGCAAUGUUGGCUACAGUUCUAUAUCCAGCUACUACAGCAAUUCAAUCCCGCACCUUUGCUGAAUAUCUUGUAGAAGGGCUACAGUUGAGGUUUGAAACAGAAGCGCAAGCUUAUUGGUACAAGAUUAUCAUCAGUUUCUCUUUGGUUUGUAAGUUUUUGAUAGGUUUUCAAACUUUUUCUUUAUCGCACAGGCUUAAAAUUGUAUAUGAUAGUACUGUUUGAUACUUCAUUUAUCCUAUCCAAGCUGUACGUUGGGCUUGGACUGGAGCCUCUAAGCAUAAUGGCUUGUUCUAUGUACCUUCAAAUCCAAAAAUUUCAAAAAUGAACCUAAUUAACCGUUCACUUAAUUAUGUGCUCCUUUCAAAGCAAACUUUAUAAAAACACCCCAUAAACUUUUAGUAUUCCUAAUGUGUCUCAACUUCUUCUCCAUCAAAACCGUAGUAUCACGAUUUCAAAUGGCGGCAUCUUGUGCCAAAGUAUCGUCCACAAUAUUGGUCAUACUGGUCGGAUUUUACUGGUUGAUAUUUUAUCAGAAAACUGACAAUUUACCCCAGCCUUUUCACGGUUCCAAAGCGGAUCCGGCUUCCAUAGCUAGCGCUUUCUUCGCCGGUUUAUUCGCGUACGACGGCUGGGACGUGCUCAAUUUGGGGGCGGAGGAAAUCAAAAAUCCUAGGCGGUAGGUUUCGGUAUGAAAAUUAAAAAAAAAUAGAUAAUUUCUUUUUUUUUAAAUAUUAUAUAAGUUUGUUCAAGUAAUUCUGUGCCCCGUCUCGAAGCAGACUUUCGAUGUUAGGGGGUACGGAAUUAUUUGAACAGUCUAAUAAAAAAAUUUAAUUUUUUCGAUUGGACUAUCAUUUCGCGCACUGAUAACAAAGACUAAUCAGUAGAAAAAUCAAAUUUCAAUGUUUUCAAAACUUUUUUUUCAAAAUUUCAAUUUUCCCAAUUUCAGGACCUUUCCGAUAGCUAUCGCUUUGGGCAUGGGCUUGGUAGCCGUUAUCUUUGUGUUAGUCAACUUUUCAUAUUCUAUCAUUUUGACCGUGCCUCAGAUUCAAGGCUCAGACGCUGUGGCCAUGGUAAGAUUAAAAAAAUUGUUGGUAACAAAAUUGAUGACAAAUUUAUUUCUUUCAAAUUUUACCAUUUACAACCUCAUAUGACAUGCAUAUCACAGUGUUAUGGCCAAAAACCUUUUAUUAAAACGAAUAUUUUAUUGUUUUAUGUUUAGAUAUUUGCUCGAGAAGCAAUGGGCCCAUUCCAAUUUGUAAUGCCCUUAAUGGUCUCAGUAGUACUGAUUGGAUCUGUGAACAGUAACUUGUUCUGUGGGUCUCGGUAAGUGUUUUUUUAAAGCCAUCCUUUACUUUAUCCUUUCCAACCAUACUUUUCUCUCCUCUACUCUACCCUACCUUACCCUGCGCUAUCCUACCCUAUAUUACCUUAACUCACCUUACAUUACCCUACCCUACCCGCAAACUCUACAGUUUCCUAUCCAACGCUAUCAUACUCUGAACUCUAUAAAAAGUAAAGAAAAAUACUGGCUUGGUAAUGACAGUAACAUAACGUAAUCUAAACCUUACACCACUAACUCGAAACCUCACGUUUCAGCAUAACCCACGCGAUAUCGCGAGCCGGCUGUCUACCACCGUUUCUAUCAGUUUGGAACCCCACUCAUAACUCGCCACGAGCUGCCAUCGUAUUUCAAGUGGCCCUAGCGUUCAUAAUUGCCUUAUCAGCCGACAUUCCCCAGAUGUUAAACUACGCUGGAUUUACGCAAUGGGCACAACGCGUCGUUACCGUUUCUAUCUUACUGUACAUUCGAUAUAAAGGCCUUCAGGUCUCGGAUCAAAGGAUCAAAAGUCCUCUGAUCGUGCCAAUCGUUUUCUUUUUGUGCUCUAGUGCUUUGGUUGUUACCUCGAUUUUAAGUCAACCUGAUGUCGCUGCUGUUGGAUUGGGUUGUCUAUGUUGUGCAUUAACCGCGUACAUGAUCUUUAUACAUGAUAGUGCUUUACCGAGGUUUGAAUGGUGUCGUGUGGCGGCUAAUGGGAUAAAUCGUGAGUUUUUUCUACCAAAUUUAUGAUACUGAUACCAAAAGUAGAAGAAAAAUGGUAAAAUACAGUACUAUAACAUGCUUUAAAGUACUAAAAAACAAUAAUAGGUUUUUAAAAUAAUUAUGUGCUCCAUAACAUCGGAAAUUUUCAUUGAGAAGAAGCGCAUAAUUAUUUGAACAACGUAAUAUUUACUAUAUAGUUCUUACGACCUUAUAUUGAAUACGCUACCUUAUAAAUUGAACUAUAAUACCAAUACUCAAUACUGUCAUUACAGAAUAUCUAAACAAGUUCACAGAGUGGUUACUGAACGGACAAGUACAACAAUCCCAAAUCCUUAACACUUCAAAUAAUGAUAAGAAAGACGAGUCAGUUGAGCCACUAAACCCUGUGGAUUCGGCCAAAACUGUUGAUGAAUCUGCCGCCGACGUUGACCAAAAGGUUUAA